AUGUCAAUAUCAAACAUACAAACUGAUUUGGCUGAUGGUGUAUUAUUGAUCAAUCUGUUGGAGAUAUUGUCCAGUAAGAGUAUAGGACAUUAUAACAAAAAGGCACCGCUUCGUAUUCAAAAGUUGGAGAACCUCAACAAGGUGAUGCAGUUCCUAAAGAAUGAAGGCGUGAAAUUGGUGGCCAUCUCACCAGAGGACAUUGCCGAUGGCAAGAUCAAACUGAUAUUAGGUGUGACGUGGACCAUCAUUCUCAAAUAUCAAGUACAGCCUGCUUGUGGCAAUGAUGAAGAUGGCAUGUCACCCAAGUCUGCCAUGUUACAAUGGGUCAAUGAUCGUGUUAGACAGUUCGAACAGAAUGCCAACAACUUUACCACCUCAUGGAAUGAUGGUCGUCUCCUCACAGCUCUAAUCUUCUCAUUCAAUCCAGGUGUGAUUGAUCUAUCAUCCAUCACUAGGGAGCCAGUUGUUGACUUGGAAAGAGCACUGACAGUGGCCAGCGAGUAUUAUGAUGUUCCAAAGAUCAUUGAUGCAGCGGACAUGGCCAACUCACGUGACGAGCUCUCAGUGUUGACCUAUGUCGCAUUGCUACGAAGCAAAGUGACAACCCAUCAAUGA